AGCGCAUAUAUUUGCAACUUACUUUGCAGAACCUAUCAAGCCAAAAUGCAGUUUUUCAACUUGGUUUCCAUUUUUCUUUUUGUAUCUUCUCUCUUUUUAUUUAGGAAAUGGAAGAAAUCAAAUAGCCAAACCAAAAGAUUGCCUCCUGGUCCAUGGAAAUUACCUUUAAUUGGAAGCAUGUUUCAUAUGCUAGGUGGACAUCCACACCAUGUCCUAACAAAUUUAGCCAAAAAACAUGGACCCCUUAUGCACCUUCAGCUAGGGGAAAUGUCUGUAGUUGUAGUUACUUCUCCAGAGAUGGCAAAAGAAGUACUAAAAACUCAUGACCUUGCUUUUGCAUCUAGGCCUAAAUUUUUGGCCACCGAGAUUGUCUUUUACAACUGUUCUGAUAUCGCCUUUUGCCCAUAUGGCGAUUACUGGAGACAAAUGCGUAAGAUUUGUAUGAUUGAAUUGCUUACUGCCAAAAAUGUCCGAUCAUUUAGCUCGAUUAGACAAGAUGAAGUUCAUCGUAUGAUUGAAUUUUUUCGAUCAUCUACUGAUCAGCAAGUUAAUGUAACAAAGAGGAUUUGUCAAUUCACAAGUACUAUGACAUGUAGAUCAGCAUUUGGGAAAGUAAUUAAGGAGCAAGACGAAUUUAUACUACUAGUCAAGAGAAAUACAGCCUUAGUGGAAGGGUUUGAUGUAGCUGAUAUAUUCCCAUCACUGAAGUUUCUUCAUGUGUUAAGUGGAAAGAAGGCUAGAGUUAUGGAUGUCCACCACAAGAUAGAUGCCAUUCUUGAAAAUAUCAUCAAUGAGCGCAAGGAAAUUGCAACUGGUGAAUUAGGAGGUAAAGGUUUAAUUGAUGUACUAUUAAGACUUAUGAAAGAGGGAGGCCUUCAAUUUCCAAUCACCAACGACAACAUUAAAGCCAUUAUUUUUGAUAUGUUUGCUGCGGGAACAGAAACUUCAUCGGUAACAAUUGAUUGGGCCAUGGUGGAAAUGAUGAAGAAUCCAAGUGUAUUGGUCAAAGCUCAAACAGAAGUAAGAAAAGCCUUUAGAGGAAAAGAAACUUUUGAUGAAAAUGAUGUCGAGGAUUUGAAAUACCUAAAGUUGGUCAUUAAAGAAACUUUCAGACUACAUCCUCCAUUUCCUCUUUUGCUCCCAAGAGAAUGUAGGGAAGAAACAGACAUAAACGAGUACACUAUUCCUUUGAAAGCAAAAGUCAUGGUUAAUGUUUGGGCUAUUGGUAGAGAUCCAAAAUACUGGGAUGAUGCAGAAAUCUUUAAACCUGACAGAUUUGAGCACAACUCUAUGGAUUUUGUUGGUAAUAAUUUUGAAUAUCUUCCCUUUGGUAGUGGAAGAAGGAGUUGCCCUGGGAUAUCAUUUGGUUUAGCUAAUGUUUAUUUUCCAUUGGCUCAAUUGUUGUAUCACUUUGAUUGGAAACUUCCAACCGGAAUCAAUCCAUGUGAACUAGACUUGACUGAAUCGGCUGGAGCAUCUUGUGCUAGAAAGAGCAACCUGUACUUGUUCGCUACUCCUUAUCAACCUUGUCAAGAGUGAUGUCAAGGGCAUCAAACCUUUUUAAAAUAAGAACCUUGCUUUUGACUUACUUUGGGAAUCCCACUACUGUACUUUCUUCUUCUUGUGUUUUACGGCUUACCUAUUUAUGAUCUAGGACAUCUCAACAAAACUCGUGGCCUAAAGAAAUUUUUUAAUAAGGGGCCUUUUGUUUUUUCUUUUGUCUAUAGUGUAAUUAUUCUAUAAAAUAUAGUAUUAAUAUUUGCAUUGGUUUCUUUU